AUGGCCCGAGCAGGGCCCGAGCAGGGCUACAUCCGCACCGUGCUGGGCCAGCAGAUCCUGGGCGAACUGGACAGCUCCAGCCUGGCGCUGCCCUCCGAGGAGCGGCUGAAGCUGUCGGGAGAUCGCGCCGGGGAGGAGAAGGCGCUGCGGAUCCAGCGGCAGGUCCAGCAGACGCUGGCCAGGAAGAGCCGGGGCUCGCUCUACAAUGGCAGCCUGCACCGUGCAUCCAGUGUACCAGAGCGUGUCUACAACAUGGGCAUCACUGAGAAUGAUUCUGCACCAAGGUCUCCCUACAGCUUCUCAUAUUACCAGGCAAACCAGGUUGGCUCCCCAUCCUCUUACACCAACGGCUGGGGGACAAGGAUUGCCUACAGGACGAUGGAGGAGAGAGCUCAAAGGCAGCCUCUGAAGAGACUGGAGGUUUCACCCCAGCGAAACCCGGACAGGUUGGCCUACCUACCCAAGGAUUAUCUCUACGAUGGAGGGAUCUCAGCUGGGCUGUCCCUGAGGCACGGAGGAGACGUCCUGAGGUGCAGCGGGACCGUGCCGCCGCGCUACGCGCGCUCCGAGAUCGUGGGGUACAGCCUCCGUGACUCUGUGCACAGGGGCCGCUCCUUCAGGAGGCACUCCCGCCUGGGGGCUGCCAGUGAUGCUCUCCUGGACGGUGCCUACCCCAGCCCCGCUGUCCCUCUGCACCACCAGCCUGGCAACAGCCGCAGCAUGAGCAACCUCCUGGAGAAGGAGAACUACCUGGCCUCGGAGAGCGCCGUGGGACAAGUGCGGUCCCCGGCCGCGUCCCGCUUGUCGCAGAACCGGCACUCUGUGAGGUCCAGCUUCUACCAAACCGCCUUCAGAAACACCCAGAGCAGGAGGGAGGUUUCCCAGCCAGCUUCCAUUGGCAGUGUGACCGCAGAAACGGAUGGGAAGAGGAUGCCAGUGACAGCUGCCGUGGCCGCAGCGGGGAGGAAUGGGUUCCUGCAGAGCGAGCAAGCGACCCUCAAUGGAUCUCAGCUGGGGAGCCCAGAAGUGGAGAUGACCCUGGAGCGUGCAGUGAGCAUUCUGAAGAGUGAAAAUACCCAGACCACCCCCAGGAUCCUCGCUGCAGUGACUUUCAUUCAGCAUGAGUGCUUCCAAAAAGCAGAUGCCAGGAGAAAAGUUUUCUCACUCGGUGGUAUCCCCAAGCUUUUGCAGCUCCUUGAGGUUCAGAAUGAGGACAUUCAGCGGGCAGCCUGUGGUGCUCUGAGGAACCUGGUGUUUGAGGACAAUGACAACAAGCUGGAAGUGUCAGAGCAGAGAGGGAUCCCGCUCCUGCUCCGCCUGCUCCGGCACACCCGGGACACAGAGACCAAGAAGCAAAUCACAGGUUUGCUGUGGAACCUGUCCUCCAAUGACCAGCUGAAGCACCUGCUGGUCAGAGAAGCCCUGCAGACCCUGACUGAGGCUGUCCUCAUCCCCCACUCGGGCUGGCCAGACAGAGAUUACCCAAAGUCCAGUGUUCUGCCUGACCCUGAUAUCUUCUACAAUGCCACAGGAUGCCUGAGAAACAUGAGCUCUGCUGGCCCAGAAGGAAGGAAGAAGAUGAGAGAAUGUGAGGGCUUGAUUGAUUCUCUUGUGUAUUAUAUCCAAGGAGCCAUUGCAGACCACGAGCCCAAUGACAAGGCCACAGAGAACUGUGUGUGCAUUCUACACAAUCUUUCCUACCAGCUAGAGCUAGAGCUCCCUGAGAGCUAUGCCCAGAGCAUAUAUGUGCAAAGAAGAAAUAUUUCUAACAAUGAUAAAACACCAGGCUGUUUUGGAACACGGAGCAGAAAAGUAAAAGAGAAGCAGCAGGACACCCCGCUUCCUGAGGAAAAGAGCAAUCCCAAAGGUGUUGAGUCGCUCUGGCAUUCUACCCUGAUUAGGAUAUACCUCUCCUUAAUAGCAAAGAGUACCAGAAACUACACCCAAGAAGCAUCCCUGGGAGCUCUCCAGAACCUCACAGCUGGCACUGGACCAAUGCCAUUGGCAGUGGCCCGCACUGUUGUGCAAAAGGCCAACGGGCUCCCGAGCAUCCGCGCCAUGCUGCACGUCAGCCACCCCGCCGUGAAGAAGACAGCGGUCUCCCUGCUCAGGAACCUGUCCCGAAACCCCUCCCUGCAAAAUGACAUAGCCAGAGAAGUCCUGCCUGACCUGGUGUCCAUCCUGCCCGAGGGUGUGCCAGGCUGUGAGGUGGCCUGUGAAACCACAGCAUCCAUCUGCUACACCCUGUUCAACCUGACCCAGGGCAGCUCGCACAACGCGCGGCUGCUGCUCAGCGCCCACGGCCUGCCCAAGGUCAUUGCCAUCAGCAUCAACGACAGCAAUAUGUUCAGCAAAGCCAGCAGGGCUGCUUCAGUGCUCCUCUACUCCCUGUGGUUACACACCGAUCUCCACAGUGCCUACAAAAAGGCUGACUUCAAGAAGGCAGAUUUUGUCAACAGCAGGACCACAAAAGCCUACAACUCGCUGAAAGAUUGAAUUUCCA